AUGUUUCAAACAGAAGCUCUUAUUGAUACAUCAAUUUUGCCAUCUGAUAUCAUGUCAUUACGUGACGUUAAAUUUUUUGAUUUUGUUCGAAAAGAAGCUGGUGAUGCUGCUGUUGAUCUUUUUGAAAUUCAAAGUAUCAAUUGUGUUAAAUCUUUGUUGAUGACAGCUGAUGUUUAUUGUAUUAUGAAUUUGAAAAGCAAAGCUUUAGAUUGUUUUAAAAAUAAGCAUGGUUUUAUGCUUGAUGAUGAUAUAUUCAUUAUAAAACCUGGUAUAAAAGGAAAUGUGGACUAUCUUAUUGAUUUAUUAAAACAAAAAUGUACUGAUGAUGCAAAGUUAACAAAAUCUUCAAAACGUAAUCAAUCAUCACCACCAUUAGAUAGAACCAUAAACACAUCCUCAACUACCACAGAAUCAACAAUGGCGGUUUUAUCGAGUAAUUCAUCAAACAUUGUCACAUCAAAAUCUUUAAACUUAUCACUCGAUGAACAUAAAACUUAUAUAAAUAAUACAUUGAACAAUUGGUGUAAAAAUAAUGAAUCAAGACUUAAUUUGUCAAAUUUGUCCUUGAUUGAAGGUCAACAUUACUCUAUUUCCAUAUUAAAUGAUGCAAGUGGUGUAUUAAAAGCUAAUAUAAAAUGUUGUUGUAACAAAUGGAUAUCAUUAACAAAUAAUCGUGGCAAAUUUCAACUAUCAAACUUUUACAGGCAUUUACAAGAUUUUCGUAAUAAUAAUACAUGUGAUAAAAUGAAAGAAUUAAUAAAAAAUUGUAAGCUGAUUUCAUCAAUAACUGCAGAUAAUCAACAAUCUUUUACAUGUUCAGAUACUUUACCAGAUCAAGAAUCAUCAUCAGAUAAUCAACAAUCAUUUACAUCAUCAGAUACUGCACCAGAUCACGAAUCAUCAUCAGAUACUACACCAGAUCACGAAUCAUCAUCAAAUGCGAUAUUACUUAAUUCUACGUCUACCUCUAUAACAACCGAUGAUCAUGAAAGUCUUGAACAACCUUCGCCAUUAUUAAAAAGUAAAAGUAGAGCGAAAAGAAAGCUUCAUUCAGUAGAAUCAUCUUAUAAUACGAAAGAAGUUGUAAAAAGAACGAGAAGACAAUAAUAUUUACCUUAGGAACAUUUUCCUGUUUAUACUUCUCGUUUUACUUCUUUCAUAGUAUAUCAUACAGUAUAGUCUUCUUAUGAAGCUGGAUUUUUUUAACUUUACAAUUUUCUUAUUAUUUUUAAAAAUUUGUCAUUCGUUAAUUGUUUUCAUAUUUAUAUUUUUUUCAUAUUUUUACACUUUAUCAGACGCUAUGAAGCAUUUACAAAAGAUUGUGAUGGUAAAACAAGGAAAUUUUUAAUCGACAGUUAAUGCAUAGUCUGUUUUUUAUUUCCGAUAGCUGAAGGCAAUAAGCAGCAGAUUUUAUCAUAGCUUGGAUUGCUGGACUUCAGACAAGACUGGAGUCCAUUGGAGUCCAAUGGAGUCCAAUGGAGUCCAAUGGAGUCCUGGAGUCCUGGAGUACGCUAUUUCCCCCUUGCUGUGGUAUCAUAUAUUCUAGAUGGAAAAAAAACUGAAAACCGUCAAUGAUUUCAUAGAUCUUAAAUUGCAGGUACACUUUAUAUACUCGUUUACAUUUUUGCAUAGGCCUUCAGAACUAUAACUUACAUGAAUUUUGAUGCAGUCAAGACACGGAUUCGAACACGAGAACAUAGGAGUAUAAGACAUAUAUACAAACCAUUCAACUAAAAUAAUCUGAUGAUAUAAAUGUUUAUUCUACUGUCAUUUAGAGUCCGCGUAAACUUACUAAAUUAGAUUUUCAGUUUCCAUUCCACUGAAUUGAAAAUUAUUAUUUCUUUGGUGCCCAUGUCCAAUUAAUGUGGUCUUUUCUUGAUACAUUUUUUAUUUAAACUCUUUCAGAUUUAAAUUUAGAUACUCAAUAGAACCGAAUUUAAUCGAUUUAAAUUAUAUUUAAUAUUUAAAAAAGCUGUUAGCGCAAUCCCUUGCGGGAUUAAAAAUGUGAAACACGAUGAAUCUAUUGUUACUAAUUAAAUAGAAAUCCUUUUGUUCCAUUCCGUUGCGACACAUUUAUAGUUAGCCGUUUAUCUGAUCCUUUACAACUACAGCUUCUCUGUCACGGUCUGUGAUGGGUACCCUGGAUUCUCUGUCACGGUCUGUGAUGGGUAUCGGGGUUCUCUGUCACGGUCUGUGAUGGGUACCC